CGAUUAGACUACUCUCAGGAAUCCCUAUUGAGUACCUGCAUAAAGCACGUAGAGUAUUAACAUUGCCACAACCGUCGUAAUCACAUGUACAGCAAUCAUGGCGACGAACAGUGACGGGGUAACAACCUUGCUGAAAGGGUUUGCGUCGAGGGUUGCCUGCACAAACACGAAAGAACGAUGCCAAAUUUUGUCGGAAGUUCGAGAUUGUGUGUCUACGGGAGCUGUUCCAGAGGCAGCUGUCAAGACGAUAUGUCGGAUACUAGCUCAGACAAUUCCAGUAUUUGCAGAUGGUGCGUCGAGAAAGGCAGUUCUAGGACUUAUUGGUGUACUAUGCGCUAAAUAUCGGGAUGCCAGUGUAAAGGCUCUUUGUGAUAUCAUCGGCUCAUAUGUAACAGAGACAAAGAUUGUCCAAGGCUGGAAAGGGACAGGAGGGUCCCCCUAUGUGGUGCUACGUUGGACAUGCAUAUUGUCCAGGCAAGCCUUCACAUCCAGCCAACAACGAUCUGGUAAUGAGUGGAAAAAGUUGGUGGAUGCACAAGCGACUCUUGUGUCGGCCAUCUUGGCAUGCUCAAGGAGGUCAAUUCACACUGCUGGAUACACCAAGCUGAAGGGCACAUGGAAACAAGUGGAAGGUCUGUGGGAGAGCUCAUUGGACACGGCCAAGCAACUAGAUGUAUCAAGCCACGCCCUCUGUCUCAUCGGAUGGUUGCUACGGUAUGCCACGGAGACAAAGAACACAGAGGCUGUAGCCAAUCAGAAGAAAGCUCUCUUAGAUGUUUACAUCAAGACAGUCUUUGGUGGAAAGGUUAAACCCUUGGUCCAUAGCCUGGAGGUGAGUAAGUGGUUACUGCAGCACCUGACUCACCCUGAGUUUGAGAGUAGCAUCCUACCUGCCAUCCAGAAAGCUAUGCUGAGAUCCCCAGAAAAUGUUGUUCAAGCUGUGAGCUACACCAUCGGUGGUGUAUCUUUGGACCUGAGUCAGUAUGCGACGGAACUGGGCAAGAAUAUUGCAACUCAACUGCAUGCUAAAGAUGAGACUCUACGCCUGGAAGCCAUCUCAGCAGCAGAGAACCUAGCAUUGCAGUGCAGUGACCCAAGCGCCAUUGAAAGCCUUUCUAAACACUUUUUUGCCGUAUUAGGAGGUUCUGAAGGUAAGCUGACGGUGGUAUCAGAGAGAGCUGGAGUCCUGUCAGGGAUCGGAGGUCUGAGCGUCAACGGGGUCAGCGGAGUGACCUCGGUACAGAGUCUCGUCUCGUCCGUUAUGACUCUCUUCAUGCCAUACCUGCAACAAGAAGCUCAUGAAGGAACGAUGGUCCAUGGCUUGACCAUGCUAUCCAGAUGGUGCUCCAAGUCAUCCACGGAGCUCCCUCCCAAGCUCAUUCAAUGGUUCCAGAAGGCUAUGACUCAGAAGCAGUCUACAGCAGCCACCAGGAACGGCUGCAUCAGGGUCAUGCUAAACGCCCUCAAGGGAGACACCCUGAUCCAUGGAAUAGAGAUCAUCCCGCUCUUGCAAUCAUCCUUGGAGAAAGCUCAGCAGCAACCUAACCACGCUGCCAUGGUGACGGAAGCUCUAUCGGCAGCCUGCCUUCUGGUCAGGCUAUCAACAUCGGAUGUACAAGCAGAAAACAAAGUGAGUUUUCUUUGGCCUGUCAUCCUCGAUGAGAAGAAACAGCUGCUCACAUCAGAUAAAUUCCUUUCAGUUGCAUCAGAAGAUGCUCUCCUUACUCUUGUUGAGAUGACAGAACGCUUGUUGACUGAUCAUGUGCCGCUGAUCAAACCAGGAGUAGAGAGGUCUUACCAUAGAGCUCUGGUGUCGUGUCUUAUCCAUUCCAAGUGGCGGGUUAGGAAGGCUGCCAAACAAAUGAUCAAAAAGCUUCUCUCCACUCCUAAAUCAGCCAUCAAGCUCUCUCUCAAACUCCUCCAGGAAUUCAGACCACUGCUCAACGCACAAAAGCCAUUAGACAGCUGUGCAGAGAGUGCCACACCCGAGGAUACAGGCAGGGUAAGACCGGACGUGCUCGUCUCCGGUAUCAAGUCCCUGGUACCUGGAACCAAGGAGGAAGAUGAGAUCCCUUCAUCUCAGAUGGUUGAGCUCGCAGUCGACUCCCUUCUCAUUGAUACUCAUCAUCCGCUCAUAGCUGCAGUGAUGCCAUCUCUGUGGGGUGAUAUUGUCUCUGGUCUGGUCCCUGAUCUACCUGGUUUCAUAUCAGAGAGUCAAGCAUACAUCUUGAAUCUCUUACUGGAGAAGGAGAAAGCUUCUGAGGCUGCUCAAAAUGCCAUGAAGAGUUUAGCCUUCAUCGCACCUCAACACAUUCUACCGCCCUUCAUCAAUCAAUUCAUCAGUUGCCUUGGCAACCCAGGCUUUGUGGGUAUCACCUUGGAGGAGUUUGACAUUUACAGGACACCAGAGGGCGUCCUACAUGAUGAGUCAGUCAUUGAAAAGAAUGCUGAGAAGCUGGACAUAGGUUCAAUGAAACGAGAGAACAAGGCAUAUUCCUACAAGGAACAACUCCUGGAGAUUGAACUAAAAAAGGAGAUUGAGAGAGAACGUGCCCAGAAGGGGAUAAAGGUGGAGGUGAAACUGACCAAGAAACAAGAAGAGGCUAAGAAAGUUCAACUAGCCAAGGAAGGUGAAAUAAGAAAGAAACUACAAGAGCUGAACGAUGAGAUCGAGCCUGCAUCCAAGCUCCUGGUAGCGGCUGUGAAAGGCAACCCAUACGGUCUGAGGAAGCACAUCCCAACCCUCAUCAAUAAUAUCUUCACCCUCUCCUCCUCACCCAUCGCUGCCCCACACCUCGCCCAAGUCUUCUUGGCCCUUGCUGAUUGCGCCUUUGAAGCAGACCAGAGAACUCUAGCCGACACUGUAUCCUACUGCACACUACGCCUGAGCAAGCCAGCGUGCCCGAUCGCUGAGAACUGGUGCACAAUGAAACUGCCUACCAUGGUGAUCAACACCAUCCUCAAAUUGCACGGUGGGAAGGACGAUGAGGACAUCGAUGACGGCGAUGACUUCCUAUCGAUGGGCUCCGCCACUGUGUUUCCGGCUCCGUCGUUUGCUUAUUUCUUCCGUCUCCUGCACCAGGUGCUCUACGACGGGGGUGUGGUCGUGAAGAAGGAUGAGAAGAACGUAAAGAGGGCGCUGGCCAUUCUCUCCUCACAUUGUAACCUGAGGAGUAGUAUGGAGGAAGAGGAAGAGAGCGAUGUCAUCGAUGAGAGCGGACCUGAGCUGCUACCACGCCACGAGAUGCUAUCCCUCCUCUUCCGUCUGAUCGGUAUCGGAGGUGUCCAGCAGCAGAGGGUAGCAGAUGAAGCGAUAGUGGAGCUAUGCCGUAGUGCUAGCGGUGAUAUGGGUUGUACCGUGGCUGAGACGGAUGAGAUUGAUGUGAUACUCAAGGCCAUGACUAGCCCUGUCCUGGAAGUCAGAGUGGCUACCCUCAAGGGACUCCGAGAGCUUCUGCUGGUGCUCCCGACCCAGGACUCGGAUGACCCUCAGGGUAUGAGGAUUGCACAGAGGAUCUGGUGUGCUAGGAAGGACGUUGACAUUGAAGUUCGGACAUUAGCAGACGAAGUUUGGACAGACGGUAACUUCAAAGGUUCCCCAGAGCUGUGUACCAUGCUCCUAGAUGAUGUCAUCCAUGAUAUAGCUGUCAUCAGACAGAGUGGAGCCGCUGCUCUCUCCGCCAUCUUGGCUGAGAAUCCUGAGGAACUUGACAAGGUUAUGAGUAUCCUCUUCAAGAAAUACCAAGAGAAACUUGUGAUCCCUCCUCCAGUCAUGGACACCCUCGGCCGAGUCAUCUCUGAGUCUCCACCGGACCAGUACGACGCCCGCUGCGGCAUCGCCAUCGCGCUGUCUGAGAUCGCCCCUCAUCUACUGAUGCGUCAUGUCCCAGAGCUGUUCAAGUUCUUGGUGCCUAAGGGUCUAGGGGACAGGAACGCUGAGGUACAGAAGGAGAUGCUCAAUGCUGGUAUGGCUGCCAUCAUUCAACAGGGAAAGCCCAAUGUUGCGACACUGCUCCCUCUGUUUGAGAAGUUCAUGGAUGAAGCGCCUGACUCAUCGUCUUACGACACCGUCCGACAGAGUGUGAUCAUUCUCAUGGGAUCUCUGGCACGCCAUCUUGAGAAAGAGGACCCUAAGGUCAAACCCAUCGUUGGCAAGCUGAUUGAAGCGCUGAGCACUCCUUCUCAACCUGUCCAGCAAGCAGUAGCGGCUUGUCUGCCGCCCUUAGUCCCAGCCAUUAAGAAAGACGCACCAGGAAUCGUCAAGGAACUCCUGAAGCUUCUGCUGGAGUCAGAGAACUUUGGUGAGAGGAAGGGAGCUGCCUAUGGUCUGGCUGGCAUGGUCAAGGGACUGGGUAUCCUGUCUCUCAAGCAGCUAGAGAUCAUGUCAACAUUGCAGAGUGCUAUACAGGAUAAGAAGAACUUCAGGAAGAGAGAAGGAGCCUUAUUUGCCUUUGAGAUGCUGUGUAGCAUGCUUGGUCGUCUGUUUGAGCCAUACGUUGUACAUGUCAUCCCUCAUCUACUCCUCUGCUUUGGGGAUAGUAACCAGUAUGUCAGGGAUGCUACUGAUGAUACAUCUCGAGCUGUGAUGAGUAAACUGAGUGGACACGGUGUGAAACUAGUCUUACCUUCACUUCUAGCUGCAUUGGAAGAAGACUCAUGGAGAACUAAAGCAGGAUCUGUUGAGUUACUUGGUAACAUGGCAUACUGCGCCCCUAAGCAGCUCUCCUCCUGCCUACCGAGCAUCGUACCCAAACUCACUGAGGUCUUGACCGACUCUCACGCCAAGGUCCAGAAGGCUGGGGCUCAGGCACUCAAGCAAAUUGGCAACGUCAUCCGCAAUCCAGAAAUUCAAGCCAUUGUACCCAGGCUUCUUGAGGCACUGUCCAACCCCUCCCAGCAAACUGCUAGCUGUCUCAAGAUCCUACUAGAUACCAAGUUUGUUCACUUCAUCGAUGCGCCUUCGCUUGCUCUCAUCAUGCCAGUAGUUCAAAGGUCAUUCCAGGACAGGUCGACGGAGACCAAGAAGAUGGCCUGUCAGAUCAUUGGAAACAUGUACUCCCUUACUGACCAGAAGGACCUUGCACCCUACCUGCCCUCAGUGAUGCCAGGGUUGAAGUCGUCUCUGCUGGAUCCUGUACCUGAUGUGAGAAAGGUGUCGGCCAGAGCUCUGGGGGCCAUGGUCAAAGGCAUGGGAGAGAGCAGCUUUGAUGACCUGCUGCCGUGGCUGAUGGAGAAACUCACAUCGGAGCAGAACUCUGUAGAUCGCUCAGGAGCCGCUCAGGGUCUGAGUGAAGUGAUAGCUGGAAUGGGUCUCCAGAAGCUGGAGAAGUUCAUGCCUGAUCUCGUCAAGACUGCUGAAACUCCUGACAUAGCAUCACACGUCAGGGAUGGGUACAUCAUGAUGUUCAUCUAUCUUCCCGGAACGUUUGGAGAUAAGUUUGCUCCUUUCGUUGGACCUUGCAUUUCUCCUCUCCUCGUGGGUUUAGCUGAUGAGAGUGAGUAUGUGCGAGACACUGCCCUGCGUGCUGGUCAGCGGAUCAUCAACCUCUACGCUGAGACCGCGGUCAAUGUCUUCCUCCCCGAGCUUGAGAAGGGUCUGUUUGAUGAUAACUGGAGGAUCAGAUACAGCUCCGUUCAGCUCCUGGGUGAUCUCCUCUACAGGAUCUCAGGGGUCACCGGCAAGAUGACCACCGUCGGGGAUGACGAUGAUAACUUUGGAACUGAACAUUCCACUAAGGCAAUCAUCACCAUCCUUGGAGCGGAGAGAAGGAACCGUGUCUUUGCCGGUCUCUACAUGGGACGAUCAGACACUGCCCUCAUGGUUCGCCAAGCAGCGCUUCACGUGUGGAAGGUGGUGGUUGUCAACACUCCAAGAACCCUCAAAGACAUCCUGUCCACCCUCUUCACUCUACUCCUAGGGUGUCUGGCCAGCACCAGCUAUGACAAGAGACAGGUCGCAGCAAGAACGUUGGGUGAUCUUGUCCGCAAGCUAGGUGACCGUGUCUUACCAGAGAUGAUCCCGGUCCUAGAGAAGGGCUUGGACUCUGCACAGAGUGACCAGAGACAAGGAGUCUGCAUCGGUCUGAGUGAAAUCAUCAACUCUACAAGCAGAGAACAGGUUGUGACAUAUGUCGAGAGUCUAGUAACUACAGUGAAGAGAGCUUUGGUUGACCCUCUCCAAGAGGUCAGAGAGGCAGCUGCAAGGACCUUUGACAGCCUUCAUAGUUCAAUCGGUCACAAGGCGCUGGAAGAGAUCUUACCAGAGCUUCUAUCUCAGCUGAGUGACGAGGAGAAAGGAACAUACGCUCUAGAUGGACUCAAACAAGUCAUGGCCGUCAAGAACAGAGUUGUGCUACCAUUCCUCAUACCAAAACUGAUUGCACCACCAGUGAACACCGGUGUCCUAGCCAUCCUGUCUGAGGUUGCAGGGGAUUCCCUGACCAAGCACUUAGCCAAGAUUCUCAAUGCUCUCAUGUCUGCUGUAGAGGAGUGUGUAGGCACAGAGAGAGAACAAGAGGCUCUCAAGCAUUGCCAGAGGGUAGUGAUGUCAGUCCAAGACCUUCCGGGUCAGCAGAUCAUCAUAGACGAACUCCUCCAGAAGCUCAAGGGAGAGAACGCAGGACUACGUCUGGCUGCGUCCACCCUGCUCCAGGUCUACUGUAGCAAGACCAGCUGCAGCUACUCAGAUUACGUACCUCAACUCCAGAGGGCGCUCAUCCAGUCGUUCAACGAUCCUGAGCCUAGGGUGUUGGAGAUGAGCUGGGAAGCGCUCAAUGCUGUUACAAAGAGCCUAAGUGCUGCAGAGCAGAUGGGUCACAUUGAAUCAGUACGCCGAGCCGUCCGUUAUGCUACAGAGGAUUGUAAGCAAGAGGACCUACCAGGGUUCUGUCUGCCUAAAAAGGGCAUCACACCGAUCCUUCCCUACUUCCGAGAGGGCAUCCUGUCAGGGUCACCAGAGGUCAAAGAGCUAGCCGCCCUGGCAUUGGGUGAGGUCGUUCAAAGGACCAGUAUCGCUGCUCUCAAGCCUCAGGUGGUAGCCAUCACUGGACCUCUGAUCCGCGUCCUAGGUGACCGAUUCGCUUGGAAUGUUAAGGUGGCUAUCCUACAGACCCUAGGGUUGCUCAUUGCUAAGGUUGGUGUGCUCCUGAAAGCGUUCCUGCCUCAGCUCCAGACCACCUUCAUCCGAGGUUUGACCGAUGCUAACAGAGCGGUCAGAUUAGAGGCUGCUGCAGCUUUAGGGAAGCUGGUCGUCAUACAUGCCAAGGUGGAUCCUCUCUUCACUGAGCUUCAUAACGGCAUCAAGAACACAGACAAUGACACAGGAGUCAGAGAGACCAUGCUGCAAGCUUUGAAAGGGGCGAUAGCUGGAGCCGGGACUAAGAUUGGUGAUGCUAACAAGAAAGCUCUCCAAACAACUCUCAUCAGUAACCUAUCAUCAUCAGAGGGUAAUAUCAGGAUAUCAUCAUCCGGAUGUUUGGGAGCCUUGUGUAAAUUUUUGAGCGAUGAAGAUUUUGAGGACAUCCUAAACAAUAGACUCCUUGUAAAUGAGCCGAAUCAGAACUGGAUGCUGCAUCAUAGUUGUGCCCUCGCUCUAUCAGUCACACUCAAAGAUGCCCCAGAGAGGGUGACGGUGGAGGGACGAGCGACAAAGGUUCUGGAGGUCAUCAUCAAGAACUCGCUGAAUGACAGGAUACCGGUAUGUGUGGCAGGCGUUCGUGGUAUGGGAUUCUACAUGAAGCACUGCAUAGCGACAGGAGAACAAGUACCACAGUCUCUCCUCUCUGCUAUGGUGAAGUGCUUCAACCACUCAUCCAGUGACAUCAAGAUGGCCGCCGCUCAGAUGAUCAACCACUGCGCCAUGACAACUGAGUCUCCUCUUGAUAUGUCCAUAGUAAGAGGGAUACUAGUAGUCUUAGUCAGUAACACCAAGGACAAGAACACGGCCGUGCAGGCUGACAGUGAAUGGGCGUUGGUGGCGCUGCUCAAGCUAAAACAUGGAGAUGAAUUUUUACAGGAUGUGCUGAAAUCCCUGGACUCGGUCCCGGCUUCCAAUCUCAACGACUGCCUCAAGAGACUACGGAAGGUUGCGUCACAGAAUGUACCAAACUUUGAAUUUGACGAGACAGUCCUGCGCUAAAACCAUCCAAGAGCGUAGUCUUUAUUUUAUCCAAAAGGUAGUUAGUUUCCCUUAUCAUGACAGAGGAACAUUUUGGUUUCCAUAGUCAAUAUCUUAUCACUGUGAUAGAUUUUAUUAUAAGAUUUUCAUUGUUGUACCGAUAGUGAUAAGUAACUUUUGAAAGUAGUUUUUCAUCUCGACAGUGCUCUUAAAGAGUAGGGUUUUGAGAAUGACCCACCAUAUUGGAAGUUGGCAUUUUAGUUGCCAAUGAUCUGCUAAAUGUUGUACCAAUUAGGAUUGAACAACAGACAGGGAAAACCUGGCAUGUAAAAGCGAUCAGGGUUUAGUAAGAAAUCAUUGUUUUAAAAUUGAAAAUAAAAUUUCUUUGAGAAUGUUUAACACAUGGCUAUUCAUACUUCUUUACUUAAAAUCCAUAUUUUUACAAUACAAUUUAAUUCACCAAAUUAAGUGUCAACUUGUUGCAAAAACCUUUUUUGUGUGUGUUUAAUGGAGUUAAACUUCCUUCUAGUUAGCAUCAACCUCUGAAAGUGUUUUAUCUCAAAGUUUGAAGAAGAAAACAUUCAAAAGCAACCCGUAAAUUUGAAUUUAUAAAAAUGACAUUGUACACUGAUACUCAUGUUCUCUGGGGGGAAGCGGUUUUCUCAGGAAUUCUUUUUGCAUGAGAUCUGUACAAACUAAAUACAUGUACUGUGUGAGCCUGGUCUGAGAAUGGUAUUUAUGUGUAAACAGAGUUACUGUCAUAUCCCAUCAAAAAUUUAAAAUUUGAUUUAAAGAACCAUGAAAUCUUAUUCAGCGAAAGACGAGCAAGUUUGGGAUAUUUGGUACAAGAUUUAUUUUUUUUUGGCACUAUUCUCAUACAUUUGUCUUUGAAUGCUCAACAGUUGUUAACUUUUCUGAUCAAUAAUGUUACAUUAGGAGUUGUUUUGUGCAGUCGUUAACAUGAACAUAUUGGUAUAUUCUCAUAUCUGUUUCUUUUCGAAAACAGAGUAUCAAUUAGAAAUUAUCAUGAGCUCAUGUUUGAGGGAAUUUUUGAAAACUUGCAUUUUGAACUUUUUGAAUAUUUGAUCUUCUUUUUCAUGUACAAAGAUUGAAGUUGAUUUUAUGAAAAUAUUUCAGAAUGGAUGUGAAAUAUUGCAUAUGUUGGACAUCUCUAGGAAUCAUACACAAAAUAAUGUGCUUUGGAAUGUAUUUUUGUUUGUGCCUUUUGAUAAUAUUGUUUUAACAUAUUUAUCCCAAAGCAUAAACAAAGCAAACUUUUAAAACCAUUCAAAUCUAUUAAAGAUAUAUAGACAAGUUGAAUUUGAAAUACUGAAAUGUUGUUUGUUAAAUCCAAACAAUUUUCAUUUGUAAAACUGACAAUUCUUUGUUUUGAGUUUAUCAGGGCAAAAUUUCAUCAUGAAAGUUAAAAUAAUAACAAUUUGAUCUAUACUUGGAGUUGUCAUAACACACAUUCAAAGCCUAUAAAGCUUUUCUUUUCUGAAAAAAACUUCUCUUUUUCUGAAAACCAAAGAUGUUCAAAAAGUCUCAACAAAUUAAAUCUGACCAAAUUUUACAAGAACCGUUUCAUGUACACCGUUCCUUAAAUAAAAUUUGUUGUUAAACUCUCAUACAUUGUAGAUUCAUAAUUAUUAUAGCGUGUGGAUCUCUGUAACAUAAAAACUUAAAAUUAAUUGUAUCUCCUUCAGAUGAAAUGCAUAUCAUUCAAUUUAGAAUAAUCAGUAACAAACAGUUUGUUUUAUGUUACAAAUAGAUACUAUGGAUGGUAAGAUAUGAUUAAUUUCAGCAAGAUUGGAGAUACAUUUAGGAUUGAUUUUAAGUUGCUUUUAAUGUUACAGGACCCAAGACUAGUCAGUUCUUCUUUCAUAUUCUAUUGCAAGAUAAUUAGUUAGUGCACUUGUUAAUUUGGUAUCCAUUCACUCAGUAUAAAUACAUGUUGCUAAUCACACACAAUUUACACAUAUAAUUUGGAAAUGUUGUCAUUUGAAUAUGAUAUAUAAAGAAUAUAGCUUAUUAGGUGUAUUCUCUCAAACACCGGCUUUAUAAAUAUUGAAAUAAAUGCACACUUCGAGAAAGAAUUGGAUAAUAGCAUGACCACUGCACAUAAUCAUUGGGUUCAGAGUUUGGCCAAUUAUGUUUUAUGUACAUUGCCUGCGUUUAUUAUACAAGUAAUAUUUCAAAGAGUACAGUAUAUGUGUAUCAAAACGUGAGAAAGUUUCUUCCCAUUUACGUUUGUGUAUCGUGAUUGGUACACUAAAGUCAUGUGAUUAAAAUCAUGAUAGAUAUUACA